UGGCUUAUGUAUAAGAUUCGGUUACACCUGCGGCUGCCCCGUUAGUUCAGAGGAGCCCUGGGUCGUUCGCUGAAGAAACAGGGAGAGAUGGCUGCUACCACAGCUCAGUCCAUGGGGACGCUGCCCAGUGGAAUGGAGAUAUGCACCACAGCCCCAGAUAUAUUUUAUCUGCCGGAACUGGUGUUUGGCGGUUUGGUGUGGAUCCUGGUGGCGUCGACCCACAUCAACCCCGUGAACCCUUUGGGGUGGGUGAUGUUCGUCUCGGUCUUCUGCUUCGUCAUGACCCUCCUGUGGAUGAUCAUGUUUGCUGCUGGCUGCCACAAGAGCAGCCCCGUCUGGGCCGCUGCUGACUUUGUCUACCAUGGCCUGGCAGUGAUUUUCUACCUCAGUGCGGGAGUGGAGUUGGCUUACAUUACUUUGGUGAAAAAAUCGGCUUCGCCGUUUGAUUUACGAGUCUACCAGAUUGAUAUUGCAGCGGUGGUGUUUGCCUUUGCGACCACACUCCUCUACUUCAUCCAUGCCAUCCUCUCUGCCAUCCGAUGGAAACACUUCUGAGGAGAAUGGGAGAAUGGGGGAGGCUUUCUGGACUGGGCACCAAACAAAUGCAAACAUAAAGUUUAGAAAUGGAGAGUAGAAAUGUCUUUUUGUAUGUGGUCAAGCAAAUACUGUAUAUAGCUUUAAAAAAAAUAGAACAAGCAAUCAGUUUGGAUGAACAACUGCUAUAAUUGUAGAUCUAUGGAAAUUAUAAAAAGCUAUUUUAAUAGUGCAUUUCAUCGUUCAUUAUUUUUGAAAAAAUCUGAUUUUCUACAUUUCAAGGAUUUGAUUCUGUUGUUGACUGAAGUUUAAUGUAAUUAUAGAAAAUUGAAGU